AUGGCCAAUGCAAGGAAGCUGUCGCCUGCCGAAGCUUCACUGCUGAUCCAGGAUCAACUCGCUCUAAAGAGUGAGUCAGAUGAUGCGAUGUCAGAUGUAUCCAGUGAGGACAGCGAUGAUGAACGAAUUCAUUUUGAACUUCAUUUUGAUCCCGCUGAGGAUAUUUUUGCUGAUAACUUUCCAGGCAGGGAGGACCAGUGGAUCCUUCACUUCAUAUGAAUGCUGGUGCAGUCCUGGGAUGAACCACUGGUUUACCUUCAGACCACUCUCGCGUAUAACGAUAUGGCAGACUCAGAGGCUUUAUUCGGUUGCACUGAGUGCAUGUCUAAGAAUCUGCUCAGUUUGUAACAAGGAGUGGUGGUCCUGAGCUGCAAGCCCAUGAUCCUGGAGUCUGUCCUGCGAGACUACAACUUAUUCGCUUGCUUCAAGAAAGACGCCCACAAGGAGGAGACCUUCCCGAAGCUUCUCAAGUGA